AUGAAAAUCCCCAAGAGUGAAGUAAGAGGCCACGACAAGAUGUUCAUGUCACCUUCAGGUGCUGCUGCUCCGUCUAUCCUGGCGCUGCGCUCUGAUGUCGACGUUUGGCUGUGCGUAAAGAGAGUGGUUACGCACCAAAGCGCGAAACAAAGUGCCUUCACUGAUGCCAAUGCGGUACCGCGGAGCCCUGGGGGAGAGGCAGACACGUGUCCUCAUCCACUCACUGCCAAUGCGAUCUCCAACCUCCCUCCUGUGCCCGCCGACACGCGCGCGUAA